AUGGCUGCUCUCUCUGCCUUGCUGAAGACCUGGGUUAUCCUGCAGACGCUGUGCCUGGCUCUGGCCCAAGUGAGGGGUCCGCCCGGACCUCAGGGCCAGCCAGGCCCACCAGGCCCCUCUGGCACUCCUGGGUCAGAUGGCAUUGAUGGAGAAAAGGGACCUCCUGGGCCUCCUGGACCACGUGGGCAAAAGGGAGAGCCGGGGGAACCAGGUCCUAACGGAGCGCCGGGGGAGAACGGCAUCGAUGGUUUGAUUGGAGCAAAGGGUGAUCGUGGUCCUGCCGGGAACCCUGGGUCAGCCAGGUCCAAGUGGGACUCGGCCUUCCAGGGUGCUCCAGGGCCCAUUGGUCUCCCUGGUAAUAUUGGACCCUCUGGACCAAAGGGUUUAAUGGGACCUCCCGGAGCUCCAGGACUUCCCGGACCACCCGGCAAGCCAGGUCCUCCAGGCAAGUUCAUUGGUGCCGAAGAAGGCAGUGCUGAUAUCCAGUGUCCCCUGAACUGCCCAGCUGGGCUGAAAGGACCCCAGGGACUGCAGGGAGUCAAGGGGCACAAAGGACGGGCCGGAGUUCUUGGAGACCCGGGCAGCAUCGGAAAAACGGGCUUCAAAGGAGAAGUCGGCAUCUCUGGGGAGCAGGGCAUCCCAGGACCCCCGGGUCCAAUGGGUCUGAGGGGUUAUCCGGGAAUGAUGGGUCCCAAAGGAGAGGCGGGCCCUCGUGGCUACAAGGGCAUCAACGGACCAGUAGGAAUACCCGGGCCCCCUGGGGAAGAAGGACCACGAGGACCACCUGGAGAAGCUGGAGACAAGGGAGACAAAGGCAGCCGGGGGAUCCAGGGCCCACAGGGCGCCGUUGGCAAAAAGGGAGAGAACGGACUGCCGGGUAUUGAUGGAAAAGACGGAACACCUGGUAUUCCUGGAAUCAAGGGCGCCCCGGGGCAGGGUGGGAUGCCCGGUCCUCCAGGUCCUCAAGGAACAGCGGGAUUACCGGGUACAUCUGGAGCUAAAGGUGGACCUGGAGCUAAGGGGGAACCUGGACCAAGGGGUCACGCUGGCAUGCAGGGUGCUUCAGGACCUCUGGGCGAGCCUGGUAUUCCUGGUGAGCCUGGUAUGGAAGGAGUCCCUGGACCCAAGGGCGACAGGGGUCAGCGCGGAAUAGUUGGGCCGCAAGGAGUUGUUGGCAAGCCUGGAAAUAAAGGAGAAAGAGGGCCCAUCGGUGUUCCCGGCCCACAGGGUCUUACUGGAACCAAAGGAGACAAGGGCUUCCAAGGCAAAGUUGGUUCAAAGGGGGACAUAGGUGACCCGGGCGUUGAGGGAUUGGCUGGCGAGAAAGGCGAAAAGGGUUUGUCUGGCGAGCCUGGGCCAAAAGGACAGCAAGGAAUUAGGGGUGACCCUGGAUACAAUGGACCGACUGGAGAUCCAGGUAAACCAGGGGACCCGGGACCACCAGGAGUACCUGGUCCAAGGGGGCUUAACGGCGAGCGCGGUGUACCCGGCAUGCCAGGCAUUCAGGGAUCAGCAGGGCGUGACGCAUCCGACCAGCAUAUCAUCGACGUGGUUCUCAAGAUGUUGCAGGAGAGGCUAGCAGCAGUGGCGGUGAGCGACAAGAGGGCCGUACUCGGCGGCACAGGUGUGAUGGGGCCGCCCGGACCCCCUGGACCACCAGGGGCACCUGGACCUCAGGGGCCACAUGGUUUACCCGGGGCCCGGGGCAUCCCGGGUAUACUUGGAGCACCAGGGCAGAUUGGAAACACAGGGCUCAAAGAGGGGCAAAGGGAGAGAGAGGAGAUCCAGGUAAACCUCACCCAGGAGCACCUGGGCCCCCAGGAAUACCAGGUCCCCCUGGUGUUGACGGCGUCGCUCGGGACGGCCGGCCUGGCGAGAGAGGCCCUCAGGGAUCCGCCGGAGAGGCCGGCCAUCCUGGCAAGGCAGGCAACCCGGGUCUUCCGGGAUUCUGCGAGGCGGCCAUGUGCCUGGCUGCGUCAGCCUACACCUCGCCGAGACUACAGGAGGCAGGAACUAUCAAAGGACCCAAUGUUUAGAGACCUGACUCUCCACCAGCAGCUCGGGACACCCGGGAGAGAGACGGAAGGAGAGAGACCACUCUUCUCAGUCAGAUAA